AUGGCAACUACUUUGGGGUCCAAAAAAUCUAUCCGCAUCGGCGUCAUGCUGGAAGCCGUGCAGCUGAGCGAUAUCAUGGGCAUCGACCUCUUUGGCAAUCUCUCGCGCCAAUACUUCAACAAAGUCAAGGACUUUGACCCGGAAUUUUCACAAUGGGUUGACCACCCGGUCGACACCACGUUCUACUUCGUCUCCUCCACCCUGGAGCCAGCCGAAAUGACACCCGGGCUUAAGUUCGUCCCCAACAUCACCUACGACGACUGCCCCAGAGACCUGGACGUCGUCCUCAUCGGCGGCCCGCUUCUGGAUCACCGCCCGCCUUCUGCCGACCGCUUCAUGAAAGAAGCCUACCCCAAGACCAGAGUCUGGUUGACGACGUGCAUCGGUAGCCCGUGGUUGGCUAGCGCUGGGGUGUUGAAGGGCAAGAAGUGCACGACAAACCGCGAGUUCUUGCAGAUUGCGAGGCAGAUUCACCCCGAGACUGAAUGGCUCGACCAAAGGUGGGUUGUCGAGGAGAAGGAGUAUGAUGGCGAGGGGAAGGGCGAGCUCUGGACAGGAGGUGGAGCUGGCGCUGGUCUUUCAAUGAUCAUCACGUAUUUGAACAAGAACUUUGAUCCUGGAUUCGUACAAAAAUUGGCCCUCGAAGCCAUCUCUUUCGAAGAGUUGGCGUUGAACCAGUUUUACAAGACUUCUAGAUGA